CGAGUCGGUGACCAAUCCCUCAAUAGAGAAUGGGCGGGACAACACGGUAAGGAUAGUUCUGUCAUACAUGUUCCCGGGUUGUGAACAUCGCCGACCGUUUCCUGCACUGUUGCAUGGUGGUCGAACAGGAGGAAUUGUUGGAAAUUUUUCGGAGCAGCUAAAGCAUGCUCUUGGCCCAGAUAAACCGGGACUCCCAGGGAAUGGCAGAGUUUCAUGAUGCAGAUGGGCAGCCGGUCACACUCUGUCUAGCAGAGGCUGUGACAGUGGGAGAUGCAGAUCAGAUGGAGAGUAUGGACACAGUGAGUCUGCAGGCUGUUACACUUGCGGAUGGAUCCACUGCAUAUAUCCAGCAUGACACCAAAGGUUCCUUUUCAGAUGGACAGAUUAUGGACGGCCAAGUUAUCCAGCUGGAGGAUGGCUCUGCUGCCUAUGUUCAGCAUGUGCCCAUGCCUAAAGCGGGGGGGGGCAGUUUACAGCUUGAAGAUGGACAGGCUGUUCAGUUAGAAGACGGAACCACUGCCUAUAUUCACACACCCAAAGAAACAUAUGAUCAGGGUGGCCUGCAGGAGGUACAGCUGGAGGAUGGGAGCACCGCCUACAUUCAGCACACUGUGCACAUGCCCCAGUCCAACACCAUCCUGGCAAUCCAGGCUGAUGGCACCAUCGCAGACCUGCAGGCAGAGGCGGCAGCUAUUGACCCAGAGACCAUCAGCGUGCUAGAACAGUAUACCACUAAGGUGGAGAAUAUAGAGAACCCCCUGGGGACCUUUGGCAGAGUUGAAGCAGACAAUGGUGUCCACAUGCGGAUUGUGUUACAGGGACAAGACAACAGGCCAGGAAGGGUCUCAAAUGUUGGGGAAAAGUCCUUUCGCUGUGAAUAUGAAGGCUGUGGAAAGCUGUACACCACUGCCCACCAUCUUAAGGUACAUGAGCGUUCCCACACUGGAGACAAACCGUACAUCUGUGACUAUCCCAACUGUGGAAAGAAGUUUGCAACAGGCUAUGGACUGAAGAGUCACUCGCGCACACACACAGGGGAGAAGCCAUACAGAUGUCAGGAGUUAAACUGCUGCAAGUCCUUCAAAACUUCUGGAGACCUUCAAAAGCACACAAGGACACAUACAGGAGAGAAGCCUUUUAAAUGCCCAGUUGAAGGCUGCGGCAGGUCAUUUACCACCUCCAAUAUCCGUAAAGUUCACAUCCGAACACACACCGGAGAACGGCCAUACUACUGCUCUGAACCAAGCUGUGGACGGUCAUUUGCCAGUGCCACUAACUACAAGAAUCAUAUGCGAAUUCACACUGGUGAGAAGCCGUAUGUGUGCACAGUGCCUGGGUGUGAAAAACGCUUCACAGAAUACUCCAGCCUUUACAAACACCAUGUUGUUCAUACGCCCUGUAAACCUUACAACUGCAAUCAUUGUGGGAAAACCUACAAGCAGAUUUCCACACUUGCCAUGCACAAAAGAACAGCGCACAACGACACCGAGCCCAUCGAAGAGGAGCAGGAAGCCUACUUUGAACCCCCAACAGAUGCCAUCGAUGACCCCAAUGUGAGCUACACGACAGCUGUAGUGGAGGCAGAUGACUCCGGAUCAGAGCCGGUUCCAGUGGAAAGCUCCGACAUGGUUGGUCCGCAGCAUGUUGCCCUGGUAACACAGGAAGAUGGAACACAACAACAGGUCAGUAUCUCCGAGGCAGACCUUCAAGCUAUGGGUGGCACAAUUACCAUGGUAACCCAAGAAGGCACAACCAUAACUAUCCCAGCCCAUGAGCUGGCAACUCAGGGUGCUCACUCAGUCACCAUGGUAACAACAGAUGGCUCAGAUGAACAGGUGGCCAUCAUGACACCUGACAUGGCUUCAUUCCAAACUGUGGAGGAGGCAGGUUACAGCCAAGAGCAAGAUGAUAUUCAUCCUGUCACAUUACUGGCCACAUCCAACGGCACACACAUCGCUGUACAGCUAAGUGAUCAGCCUUCGCUGGAGGAAGCCAUCAGAAUAGCAUCAAGAAUACAGCAAGGAGAGUCACCAGGCCUGGAUGAUUGAUCGAUAAGGACAGUGAUUAUGAAUUAAGACUAAUUUCAAAUGGACUAUGUCAGUGGGAGAAAUCAUGAGUCUUCCUCAAUGUUUUUCCACAAAAGAAUUUAGCUUUUAUGUGUACAUAGAAUUUUGAUAACUGGAGUUCUGGUGUGCUAUUUUGUCCCUCUACAUAAAAUGUGAGAGGAUGGGGGGGGAGGGGGGGCUUUCUAAUGUUUAUGGUGCACAGUACUGCAGUGUACAGCUAAUGCUAUUUCUAAUAAAAAAAACAAA